GAAAAGAUAAUAAUUUGAAAGCACAUUCUAUUUUGUAAAAAAAUUAUCCAUGAAAAUUAGACAUUUCUUAAAUGCAAACUUAUUCUAUUUUUGGAUUUUUCUAGAAGAUACGAUCUAUAAGACAUCGAUUCAAUGUUUUGAUCAGGAUACUAUUCAAAGACUUGACGGUUGGUACAACAACCUUCAGCAUCCAAAUUGGGGUUCUGCCGAUUCAAAAUUAACUCGAUUAAGCCCGCCAGCUUAUGCAGACGGAGUUUAUCAGAUUCCAGGCGAAGAUAGACCUAAUCCCCAACUGGUUAGUGAUAUCAUUUUCAAAGGAGUGGACGGGUUAAAAAAUGAAAGAAACUUAACAGCUCUUUUUGCCUUUUUUGGUCAACUAGUAGCCUACGAAAUAAUGAUGACGAAUCAAUACUCCUGCCCUAUCGAAAUAUAUCAUAUACCAGUGAGGAUGUGUCAAAACGCUACAUAUUGCAGUGACAUGAAUAUGCCCUUUUCAAGAGCUGAAUAUGAUAAGAAUACUGGAAGUUCACCUAAUAGUCCGAGAGAACAGCUGAAUAAAGUCACGAGUUGGAUUGAGGGUAGUUUUAUAUAUAGUACUAAGCUAGUUUGGUUACAAGCUCUUAGAACCUGGAAUAAUGGAACCUUGGAUAGUUCUAAUGGAGGUAAUCUUCCGACAUUAAAUACCAAAGGUAUUCCAAGCUUCAAUUUUUAUGCUCCUCAUCUGAAGAAGGAAAUACCGAUCAGUGAAACAUUUAUUCUAGGUGACCCAAGGGUAAACGAAAAUCCACCUUUAUUAGCCUUUGCUAUAUUAUUCUUAAAAUGGCAUAAUUUUAUUGCAAAAAAUAUUCAAAGUCAGCAUCCCAAUUGGUUGGAUGAAGAUAUAUUUUCUGCCUCCAGAAGGUGGGUCAUAGCAACAUUACAAAAUAUCAUUGUAUAUGAGUAUAUACCUGCUCUCAUUGGAGAAGAAUUAUCAACUUAUAAAGGCUAUAACUCUGACUUAUACCCUGGAAUAAGUCAUGAAUUUCAAUCUACCGCCUUUCGUUAUGGGCAUUCCUUGAUUCCUUCUGGAUUAUAUCUCAGAGAUGAAAAGUGCAAGUUUAGAAAAUUUGGACAUAAGGAUAAAUACCACGCUCUACGUUUGUGCAAUACUUGGUGGAACGCCGAGGACGUCAUCAAACGUUACGGGAUGGAAGAGCUUUUGAUGGGAAUGAGUUCCCAAUUAGCGGAAAGAGAUGAUCAUAUCUUAGUUAGCGAUUUAAGGGAAAAAUUAUUUGGACCUCGUGAAUUUUCAAGACAAGAUUUAGUCGUUUUAAAUAUUAUGAGGGGUCGUGACAACGGUUUAGCGGAUUAUAACACAAUCAGAGACUCGUUAGGGCUACCUCGAAUAACAAAUUGGAGUGCGAUUAAUCCCGAAAUAUAUGAGAAGGAACCCGAGUUACUAGAAGCCUUUUCACAAAUAUACAAUCAAGAUCUCAAUAAUGUAGAUGUGUAUCCAGGGGGUCUCUUAGAAACCACUCCCCUAGAAGGACCAGGUCCUUUGUUCAAAAAGAUUAUCAAGUCACAAUUCGAGAGGAUUCGUGAUUCCGAUAGAUUUUGGUUUGAAAAUUUGGCAACUGGAAUUUUUACGAAAGAAGAAAUAGCAUUCAUAAAGAGUAUAAGAUUAUCCGACAUUAUUCUCAAUGUGACCGAUAUACCCCCUCGUGCCAUACAAAAGGAUGUGUUUCAUUGGGUGCAAGGUAAUCCUUGCAAGCAACCCAAACAAAUUACAACUACCACAAAUGAUAUUGAAAGCUGUGAUUUUGUUCAAACUUAUGAUUAUUUCAAAGGCAAUGAAAUGUGUUACAUUAUAAUUUGUGUCCUUUUGAGUUUGUCCCCCUUUCUGUGUGGUCUAGCUGCCUAUAUUAUUGUGAAAAAUCAAAGUGAUAGAAAAAAAAGGCUUCUAGAUGCUAUUACUAUUAGCAAUGAUGAACGCUUAAAGCUUAGAAAUAAAUUGAGCCACAAGUCCGUUAAAACAAAAGGAGACACGUUUCAAAAUGGAUUGACAACUUCUUACGAAACUAAUUUGGCAUAUUGCACCUCGGAUGAGGAGAAUGAUAAUAAAAGUUUAAAUGGGCAUCCCAAUGAAAAAUUAACCAACAAUUAUACGAAUAACGCAGAACAUCUGUUUAUAAAUAAUGGUCACGCUAAAACACUCGAACCAAAGAGAAGGUCUAGUGAACUAUCUUAUUCAACAGGACAUCUUAACGGCGGCCCCCAUCCCAGAUAUUCAAACUUUUCGGUAGCUAGUAACUACUCAAACUUAAUACCCAAGGAUAUAACAUUAGGUUACGAGUGGUUAAAUGAUAAUCAUCGCAGAAAAAUAGCAGUCGAUCUAUCGGAUGAGGAGAAUAUCAUCAUUUUAAAUCGAAAGGGCAUAUGUCUAAAGAAAAGUGAAUUUGGGACAAACAAAAUCGUCGUUGAAGUUAACACUUCUACUAGUACCACUGAACCUAAUUUAGCACUCAUUAAAAGCUUUGACAAAUACGAUUUAUUACUAGAAUUCGCUACUUCCGAUUUGAGGGAUCUUUUUAUUUGUGUUAAGUUGGUCAACUUUGCUCAUCGAAUCAAUAAAAAUGUUGAAAUUAUUUAUACGAAUUGCGAUGCUAUAUUCAAAGGCGCUCAAACAAAAGAAAAAAAGCAACAACAAUUGGAUUUUUUCUUUAGGAAGGCCUAUGCUGAAACAUUUCAGAUAUUGGAAGAACAAAACUCCGAUAAUCCAGAACAAUACAAUCAUAAUUAUCCCCAAAAUACCUACAAAGAAGAUUUUAAGGGACAAAACAUAAUGAAUUCCAAAUUAAACAAAUACGAAUUUGCUGACGCCCUGGGCAUGAAACCAACUUCCAUGUUUGUGGAGAGAAUGUUUGCGGUUAUUGAUAAGAGACAUACGGGAAAUAUAUGCUUUCAAGAUUUUUUAAAUAUGACUUACGUUUUCGCUAAUGGCACUCCUGAUCAAAAAUUGAGGAUUAUGUUCGAUAUGUUUGAUAUACAUCAAAAAGGAGAAUUGUCAAGAAGUCAAUUCUUUUCUUUGCUCAAGAGCUUUAUUGAAUGCGAGCAAGCCAAUGAUACUGAGAUUGAAUCAUGCUUAACUGCUAUGAUGGCUCAAACGGGCUUCGAAAAUAAAGAUGUGUUAAAAUGUCAAGACUUUGUUCAUCUUAUGUCGCAUCACGAAUUAGAAUGGUCUAACUGUGGAAUACAUUUUAAGGGAGCUGGAAAAAUAUUUGGGAAAAAGACAAAACACAGACACGAGAGCUUUAGCUUAGAAAAAAAUAUUUCAAAUUUUGAAAGAAAUUACUUCGCCAAAAAAUAUGAUGCAUUAGCAAACUACAUAGAAGAAAAUCGCCAAAAUAUAUUUUAUCUUAUAAUUUUCUAUGCCAUUGUGACAGGGCUUUUUGCCGAUAAAAUGUUAAGAUUUUGUCUAUUAUUGGAGCACACUGAUCUUAGGAGAGUAAUGGGAGCGGGUAUAUGUGUGUCUCGGGCAUCGGCUAACGUAAUAUCCUUCGUUUAUUGUGUAUUGCUAUUAACAGUAUGUCGACAUUUAAUUACUAAAUUGAGAGAAACUAAGGUCAAAAAUUACUUGCCUCUCGACUCUGCCCUAGCCUUUCACAAGCUAUGUGCCUACACCGGAAUUAUAUUUGUAGUUAUUCAUUGUGCCGGGCAUUUGGUCAAUUUGUAUCACGUUUCCACUCAGCCACUUGAACAUCUCAAGUGUCUAUUUAAAGAAAUGUUUUUCAAGGGUAACAAUAUCCCUCCACCUUUUAGCUUUUGGGCGUUUCAAACUAUCACGGGUAUUACAGGAAUUAUAUUGACCAUAAUUACAGUCAUUAUGUAUGUAUUUGCACAUGAAAUAGUGCGACAGAAAGCCUACCGAUAUUUUUGGGCAACUCAUAAACUUUUUGUGCCAUUUUUCGUGUUGAAUAUUUUUCACGGUGCGGCAAGACUUACGUCAUCGCCCACUUUUCACUUAUAUUUAGUGGUUCCAGCUAUAUUGUAUAUGAUAGAUAAACUCAUAAGUUUGAAUAGGAAACAUUUGGAGAUGGCCGUUAUCAAAGCCACAUUGAUGCCAUCAGAUGUCACCAAGAUAGUUUUGAAUAGGCCACAUUCUUUCACUUAUAAAUCUGGACAAUGGGUUCAAAUAUCCAUUCCCGACAUAAAUCCUGGAGAGUAUCACGCCUUCACAUUAACGUCUGCCCCUCACGAGGACAUUUUAUCAUUGCAUAUAAAAGCUUUAGGGCGGUGGACUUGGAAAGUUAGAAAUCUUUAUGAUCCAAAUAAUCUACAAGGAUCCAGUUUUCCAAGGGUUUAUAUAGAUGGCCCCUAUGGGGAUGGCAAUCAAAAUUGGCCAAAGCAUGAAAUAGCCGUAAUGAUAGGCGGUGGUAUUGGAGUCACCCCUUAUGCAUCCAUCCUUAAAGAUUUAGUUAACAUAUUUUAUGUUAACAAAGAUCAUAGUAUAAUUUGUAAAAAGGUUUAUUUUUUGUGGGUUUGUCCAUCUCAUAAAAGUUACGAAUGGUUAGUUAAUUUGUUACAAGAGAUUAAAGAAAAGGACACAAAUGAUAUCAUUGAAAUUCACAUUUUUAUAACUCAAUACUUCGAUAAAUAUGAUCUUAGAACUACCAUGCUAUACAUAUGUGACAAAUAUUUUCAAAAUAUCGCCCACAAAAGUCUGCUCACAGGUGUUAAAGCUCAUAAUCAUUUUGGAAGGCCGGAAUUCGAGAAAAUUAUGCGCUUCAUACAAGGUAGACACAAAAAAUGUAAAAAAAUUGGCGUCUUUAGCUGUGGACCCAUCACUUUGACGAGUGCUAUUGAGAGGGCAUGUGACAAAGUCAAUAAAACUCGGCAAUCCCCGUUAUUAGUUUCACACUUCGAAAAUUUCGGAUAAAAAUGAAA